GGGCCGCAGAGCCGUAACCGGCGGCUGCCCGCCGACAUGGAGCAGGCGCAGCGGAGCCUGGAUGCAGAGCAGAUGCAGCAGCAACAGCUGAAACUACGGGACCGGCAGAAGUUCUUUGAGGAGGUUUUCCAGCAUGACGUGGAUUUCUUCUUCCCUAUGUCUCACCUGCAGAUAGAGCAUCGGAGACCCCCCUUAGGCAGCAUUUCCUCCAUGGAGGUGAAUGUGGACAUGCUGGAGCAGAUGGACAUGAUGGACCUGUCAGACCAGGACACUGUGGACGUGUUUCUGGGCUGUGGGACAGAGGAGAGCAGCGUUGCUGGGCCCCUGCCAGGGGCAGAUGCCGGCCAGUGCCCAGAAGAAAUCACCCUGCAAGCGCCCAAUGCAGCUGAGAGCAAGUCACGCAUUUCCUCCACGUCCUCCGUCUCCACGGAUCUGAACAGCCUGGACACCAGCGAGGAGGGGGCCGAGACCCCAGUGGUGCAGUCGGAUGAGGAGGACCUGCAGGAGGACAGUCCCAAAGAGCAGGAGGCAAGAAGCUAGCAGCCAGCUUUGCCCUGCUCCCAGCCUCCUCUGUAUGGACCUGCCAAGCCGGAGGAAGGAAAGCUGCUGGCGCUCAGUACACCCCAUCCUGGACUGCUGCCCUGCAGCAGGGGAGAGAAGGUUUUCCCCUCCUCUCCCUCCGCAGGUUCUCCUGGCAGCCAAGGGAGAAGGAAAGGGGUAUUGUAGGCUCCCGAAAUUAACUCUUCAGGCUUUGCUGCUAACACUCCCUGCUUCACUCCCCCGAAAUGCUCAGCAUCCCACAGCCCCACCAUUCCCAGAAAGCCAUCCCUUGGGAUCCCAGCUCCCUCCAUCCUACUGACAAGGGUCCUGUCCAGACAAGCAUUUAAUGAUGGCAUACAGAGAAAUAACACUCCGAUCUAA